CUGCCGCGCACCCCGCUUCCCCAGGCAGCCGCCGUCAGGCCGGGUGCGCGUCCCAGGGUGUCCACGGCGCGCGGGGCCGGGCCUCGCCGGGAGCCCUGCCGCAGCCCCCGGAGCCCGCACACGCCCCUCAGGACCCCCGGCCACACCCGGAGGGGCGGCUCGGCGGGACGCAGACCCGGGGUGCCUGGAGACAUGGACUUGGAGCAGCUGGACCUGCACCCCCGGAUCAUGGCUGCGCUCCGGAGAGCCAAACUGACCUCUGUCCAGGAGGUUCUGCGCUUCUCUGGACCCGACCUGCAGAGGCUGACCGCCCUGUCCAGUCCUGACGUCCAGCACCUGCUCAAGGCUGCCUCCUUGCGCCUGCGCGGCAGCGAAGUCCUGACAGCGCUGCACCUGCACCGCCACCAGCAGAGCCUCCCUGUGCGGCACCGGCGCCUGAGUCUGGGCUGCCCGGUGCUGGAUAGCUUCCUCCGCGGCGGUCUGCCCCUGGACGGGAUCACCGAGCUGGCUGGCCGCAGCUCAGCAGGGAAGACCCAGCUGGCCCUGCAGCUCUGCCUGGCUGUGCAGUUCCCCCAGCGCUACGGAGGCCUGGAGGCCGGUGCUGUGUAUAUCUGCACGGAGGACACCUUCCCCGACAGACGGCUGCAGCAGCUCAUCCCCCAGCAGGCCCAGCUGCGCACCGACGUCCCCGCGGACGUGGUCAGGAAGAUCCGGUUUGGCAGCCAGAUCUUUGUGGAGCAUGCCGCGGAUGUGGACACCUUGCUGGAGUGUGUGACACGCAAGCUCCCUGUCCUCCUGGCCCGGGGCAUGGCCCGCCUGGUGGUCAUUGAUUCGGUGGCAGCCCCCUUCCGCUGUGAGUUCGAUGUGGGGGCCUCGGCACCCAGGGCCAGGCGUCUGCAGUCACUGGGCGCAGCGCUGCGGCGGCUGAGCCACACCUUUCAGAGCCCUGUGCUGUGUGUCAACCAGGUGACAGACACGCUGGAGGAACAGAGCAUGGCAUGGGGACCACAGGGGUGAGUGAGGAGUGGCUUGGGGCCCAGAAGGGCAGGUGGGCAGGUGGGCGCCCACAUCCACGGGCAUCAGGCUGGUUUCUACUCUGACAGCUCGGGUGGCAACCACGUGUGCCCAGCACUCGGCCUGGCCUGGGCCAACCAGCUGCUCGUGAGGCUUGUGGCCGAGAGGUUCCACGGAGAGGAAGCCAUGCCCGGCCGCCCGGCUCGGAGCCUGCGGGUGCUGUCUGCCCCUC